UUGAAGAGUUCCAAUGUGUUCAUUGGCUAAAAAGUUGCAGGUUGUCAGUUUAAACAACAUGGAGUCGCUUGCGACAGUCCAUGUUCUGGGAUAUGGCAAUGUUACACCACUCUUGGACAAAGCUGUACAAUGUGUGGUGACAAAUCUCUCCUCCAUUUGUAUUGAAAGUGUCACCUUGUUGCCAGGCAACCUGAAAGACAAGUGUCUUUAUCUUAUGUCAAAGAGAGGCUGUAUCACAGAUACAAAUCUCCCCAAGGUGAUUCAUGAAAAUCUGAAGGUUUUAGAUUUAAGUGAAUCAGAUGUAUCCGAUGAAGGACUUCAGCACCUAUGUAAAUGUCCACAACUUCAGAAGAUAGACCUCAACUCGGCCAAACAGUCACGUCUCAACAUCUCGUCACAAGGCAUUACGCAGCUGGCAAAAAAGUGUCCCAGCCUACAGACGGUGUACCUCAGACGAUGUCUGAACCUCACAGACGAGGCCGUCAUAGCACUGUCUGCACACUGUCCUCGACUCCGUUACCUAAAUGUGGGCGGGUGUACGCUGUUGACAGAUAGGUGCCUGGAGGCCCUAGGGAAAAACUCCCGCUUCCUCAGUUGUCUCAACAUGGCCAAUACUAAGAUUACAGAUGGAGGAAUCAUGCACAUAGCUAAUGGCGCCUGUAACCAGUGUCUGAAGGAAGUCCACAUAAAUGGGUGUAAGGAGUUGACUGAUGAAUCCGUAGAAGCAAUUCUCCAAUUCUGUCCUCAGAUCAACAUUUUUCUCUUCCAUGGCUGUCCGAAAAUCACAGAAAUGGCCAGGCAAGCACUAGAGACAGUCACAUUAGAACGAGCCUCACCCAUGAAGCAGGUCACUUGGACAAUCUAUUGAUCAACUGGACACCACACUUACUGUGUGGUCAAGAAUGCAAUGACCAAAAUCAUGUAUUUGCCAUAUUCUUAAUUUCAUCUGAUUCAUUAGUUACCGAUCGUUGACCAUGACCUAACUCAGAUGUUCUUUCAAUGACCUUGUGAUUUAAACAAACCUAACGUUUAAGUAUCACACAUUAAGGAUGUAGUAAUAUUUGUUAUAGUUGUGUGUAGACUUUGUACCACACUGUGAUCUGCUCCUUUAUUUUAUCACCAUUGGCAAAAAGUAUUGUUGAAUCGAAACCCACAAACUGUCCAUAAGUUUUGGACGAUAGGUGGAAGAGAGUUUUUGUUAUUUCUAUAAUAGUGUAUUGCAUUGCAGUUGUACCAAUCAAAUUACUACAUGUGGUGAAUUGUCAAAACCAUAUUUCCAAUAAAUAUCCUAUAUGGUAAACAUUAUAUAAUUACACUAUUGCGUGAUAGAAAUUGUAUGCGACCCAUUGAUUAUUGCCUAUUUCAUUGAAAUUGAAAUAAAUACAACCUUGUUGAAUUGAAA